AAAGGAAUGGGGAUAAAAAUAGGGCCUCCUCAAAUCAUGGAACAUGAGGAUGUGACUCUAGCACAGGUAUAUCAGAAUAGGGAAUCUGAGGAUUUUAUUUCAAGAGAGGAGCUACAAAUAGGGAAUUAUUUCUCUAGAUUUCUACAGAACUCUUCAAACUCUCUCAUCUCAAGCUCUGUCGAAGCAUCUGAAUUAGGAAGCCUUUGUGAUUUGGAGAUGCCAGAAGUAUCAAGGGCCUUGGAUAUAAAAAACUUUGGGACAGAUAUUUUGCAGUCUGAAGAAUACUUUAUAGACCCUACUAUGAUACAAACUUCAACCCUUCCCUUGUACCUUCACAAUCAACCCUCUGAUAAGAUAGCUAACAUUGUAGAUAUCCCAUAUUUUGAGAUCCCAGGAGUGGGUGUCCUAUCUAAGAGGACUGAUAAGAAGCAGGUGGAGAAGCUAGAGAAUUCACUCCAGCGUCUAUCCCAACAUCCACUGCAAAGCUGGAGAUCACCAUCUAGGACCUUCCGGUCAGGAUCAGGAACUCAAAGAGGCCUUAACUGGUCUGUCUUGAGCAGACAACAGAAUGUCUGGGAGAAUCACUCCUGGAGAUAGCGACUACCCAGAAAAUAUCUCUCCAAGAUGCUAGUGUUAGGGAAUGUCUUGGGAUCCACUAUGGAAAGGAACCUUUGUUCUCAAACAUCUUUAAUGGAAAGAGCCACUGCAGAUAUCUGUCAAUCUAUUCAGAAUUUAUUUGGGGUUCCUGCGGAACUGAUGGAACUUUCCAAGAGUCUGCUACAGAAGAGUCGAAGUAUUAUUUCUCAGACUUCAGUGUCCAAAAACUACAUUCAGAGACACACUUCCUAUCAUGGUCACAAACAAAGAAUAGCCUUAAGGAUGUGGACACGUAGCUCCAUGUCCUCCAUAAUACAGCAACACUCUGGGGCUAGCGCGAAAAUAAAGAAAAGUUCGAAGCUUAGUGAUAUAUCCCAGGAAGUCAUUCAGCACAUGCCUGUUUCAUGUAUAGAGGGCCAGCCUCCUGUCCCAGUAAAUUUAGAGUCUUCCUUCAAUAUAGUUUUCACUAGGAAAGAUUCUGUUCCAAUGGAAGAGAGUGAGAAAUCACAGAGUUCACAGACAAGGAUUUUUGAGUCCCAACACUGUCUCAAGCCAAGUUAUCUUCCCCAGGCCAAGACUGACUUGUCAGAACAG